AUGGCUAGUGGAUCGGCGAGGAAAAAAUCUAGCAAGAGACCCAUUUCGAGUUCAAAGGGGCCCGAGCCUCAAACACAACUGCAUGCGUCGACGGCAUCGAUGGCCUCUCCUGCGUCGUCGUUUUAUCUCAAACACCGGAGAAAUAUAUUCUUGUUGACUUCCUUUGCUUUGGUGUGUGGCCUGAUUGUUGUACUACACAUUACUUAUAGCUCUCCUCCCGCCUUCGAAUCAAGUGUCAAAUCCAGUAAUCUUCACACAGUGGAAGUGAUCAACGAAUUCCCUCACGACCCUGAAGCCUUCACUCAGGGCCUUUUGUAUGCCGGAAACGAUACUUUGUUUGAGUCAACCGGACUUAAUGGACAAUCAUCUGUCCGGAAAGUAACACUUCAGACGGGGAAGGUUCAAGUUAUUCAAAAAAUGGACUACUCUUAUUUUGGAGAAGGUUUAACUCUUCUUGGAGAAAGGUUGUAUCAAGUAACCUGGUUGCAGAAAACUGGUUUCAGCUAUGACCGAAAUAAUCUGAGCAAUUUCGAGAAGUUCACCCAUCAAAUGAAAGAUGGCUGGGGUUUGACAACGGAUGGCAAAAUUUUGUUUGGGACGGAUGGAUCGUCAACCCUUUAUCAGAUUGAUCCUCAAACAAUGAAAGUUACUGCAAAACAAAUUGUUAGAUAUAAAGGACGUGAAGUACCCAAUCUCAAUGAAUUAGAGUAUGUAAAUGGUGAAGUUUGGGCAAAUGUUUGGCAGACUGACUGCAUUGCUAGAAUCUCAUAUACUGAUGGUACCGUGCUGGGGUGGGUUCUCCUACCUAAUUUAAGGGAAGGGUUACUUGCUGCUGGAAGUAGGAGAAUUGAUGUCUUGAAUGGAAUAGCUUGGGAUGAAGAAAACAACCGACUUUUUGUGACUGGAAAACUAUGGCCAAAGCUAUAUGAGAUAAAGCUGCACCCAAUCACGACCCCAUUUAAUGGAGACAUUGAACAUAUCUGCAUACCAUUGGAAGCCCAUUUUUGA